UCAGUUCUCUCCUCUCGGAAGCUGCAGCCAUGAUGGAAGUUUGAGAGUUGAGCCGCUGUGAGGCUAGGCCCGGCUCAGGCGAGGGAGAUGAGAGACGGCGGCGGCCGCGGCUCAGAGCCCCUCUCAGCGCCUGUGAGCAGCCGCGGGGGCAGUGCCCUCCGGGAGCCGGCCGGCCUGCGGCGGCGGCAGCGGCGGCGUUCCUCGCCUCCUCUUGGUCUUUUCUAACCGUGCAGCCUCUUCCUCGGCUUCUCCUGAAAGGGAAGGUGGAAGCCGUGGGCUCUGGCGGGAGCCGGCUGAGGCUCCGCGGGGGCACGUCCCACUCCAGGAGGGGGGGAGAAGCGGCAGCGGCUGCUGCCACAGCUCCUGGGAGGGGGUCGGAGUCGCCUGUCACCAUUUCCAGGGCUGGGAACGCCGGAGAGUUGGUCUCUCCCCUUCUACUGCCUCCAACACGGCGGCGGCGGCGGCGGCACAUCCAGGGACCCGGGCCGGUUUUAAACCUUCCCUCCGCCGCCGCCGCACCCCCCCUGGCCCGGGCUCCGGAGGCCGCUGGAGGAGGCAGCCGUUCCGAGGAUUAUUCGUCUUCUCCCCAUUCCGCUGCCGCCGCUGCCAGRCCCCUGGCUGCUGAGGAGAGGCAGGCCCAGUCUCUGCAACCAUCCAGCAGCCGCCGCMGCAGCCAYKACCCGGCUGCGGUCCAGAGCCAAGCGGCAGCAGAGCGAGGGGCAUCAGCGACCGCCAAGUCCAGAGCCAUUUCCAUCCUGCAGAAGAAGCCCCGCCACCAGCAGCUUCUGCCAUCUCUCUCCUCCUUUUUCUUCAGCCACAGGCUCCCAGACAUGACAGCCAUCAUCAAAGAGAUCGUUAGCAGAAACAAAAGGAGAUAUCAAGAGGAUGGGUUCGACUUAGACUUGACCUAUAUUUAUCCAAACAUUAUUGCUAUGGGAUUUCCUGCAGAAAGACUUGAAGGCGUAUACAGGAACAAUAUUGAUGAUGUAGUAAGGUUUUUGGAUUCAAAGCAUAAAAACCAUUACAAGAUAUACAAUCUAUGUGCUGAAAGACAUUAUGACACCGCCAAAUUUAACUGCAGAGUUGCACAGUAUCCUUUUGAAGACCAUAACCCACCACAGCUAGAACUUAUCAAACCCUUUUGUGAAGAUCUUGACCAAUGGCUAAGUGAAGAUGACAAUCAUGUUGCAGCAAUUCACUGUAAAGCUGGAAAGGGACGGACUGGUGUAAUGAUUUGUGCAUAUUUAUUACAUCGGGGCAAAUUUUUAAAGGCACAAGAGGCCCUAGAUUUCUAUGGGGAAGUAAGGACCAGAGACAAAAAGGGAGUAACUAUUCCCAGUCAGAGGCGCUAUGUGUAUUAUUAUAGCUACCUGUUAAAGAAUYAUCUGGAUUAUAGACCAGUGGCACUGUUGUUUCACAAGAUGAUGUUUGAAACUAUUCCAAUGUUCAGUGGCGGAACUUGCAAUCCUCAGUUUGUGGUCUGCCAGCUAAAGGUGAAGAUAUAUUCCUCCAAUUCAGGACCCACACGACGGGAAGACAAGUUCAUGUACUUUGAGUUCCCUCAGCCAUUGCCUGUGUGUGGUGACAUCAAAGUAGAGUUCUUCCACAAACAGAACAAGAUGCUAAAAAAGGAUAAAAUGUUUCAUUUUUGGGUAAAUACGUUCUUCAUACCAGGACCAGAGGAAACCUCAGAAAGAGUAGAAAAUGGAAGUCUAUGUGAUCAAGAAAUCGAUAGUAUUUGCAGUAUAGAACGUGCAGAUAAUGACAAGGAAUAUCUAGUACUUACUUUAACAAAAAAUGAUCUUGACAAAGCAAAUAAAGACAAGGCCAACCGAUAUUUUUCUCCAAAUUUUAAGGUGAAACUGUAUUUUACAAAAACAGUAGAGGAGCCAUCAAAUCCAGAGGCUAGCAGUUCAACUUCUGUAACACCGGAUGUUAGUGACAAUGAACCUGAUCAUUAUAGAUAUUCUGACACCACUGACUCUGAUCCAGAGAAUGAACCUUUUGAUGAAGAUCAG